UGUCAAAGGUGAGUGCGAGCGGUACCCCCUGUCUCCAGACAGACUCGAGCAUAUAACAGGCAGAGGAACAACGACCAUGCCUCCGACUGCUAUGGAUACGAGUGCUGCGGCUGUGCCGUCUGUGAUCACGAUGAAGGACGUGGCGCGGCACAACCACAAGGACGACUGCUGGAUUGUGAUCGAGGGCAAGGUGUACGAUGCUACGCAGUUCCUGGAGGAGCAUCCUGGCGGGCGGGUGCUUGCGACGUGGGCCGGGUCUGACGCGACGGAGGCGUUUGAGGCGUUCCACUCUGAGGAGGCGCAGGACAUGCUCUCGUCGUUCUUUGUGGGCCCGCUUGCGGAUCCGGCCAAGGUGCCGCUGCUGGAGGACUUUCACAAGCUCAAGCUGGAGUUUGCGGCGGAAGGGCUGUUCGAGCCGUCAUAUGCGUACUUUACGUUCAAGGUUCUGUUCAACCUGGGCAUGCUCGCGGCGACGGUGUGGGCGAUGUGGGCACUGGGCGGCGGGAUGGCGUCGGCGAUUGUGGGCGCGGUGAGCGUUGCGGUCUUCUGGCAGCAGUGCGGCUGGCUCUCGCACGACUUUUUGCACCACCAGGUGUUUGACGACCGGUGGUACGGACAUGCGAUGGGCUACUUUCUGGGCAACGUCCUUCAGGGCUUCUCUGUCACGUGGUGGGUGCUGAAGCACUCGACGCACCAUGCGAUUCCCAACGUGAUGGCCGGUGUUCGUGACGGCGAUCCAGACGCGCAGACGAUGCCGCUGCUUGCGUGGGCGGACGCGUUCCUUGAGGGCGAGCUUGAGGACGGUAUGCCGCCGUUCCUCAUCCGGUACCAGCACAUCACGUUCCUGCCGCUGCUCUGUGUGGCGCGCAUCUCGUGGGUCAUCCAGUCGCUGCUCACGGCGCUGGGUUCUGACGAGGUCCCGCCGCACCGGCGCACGACCGAAGUCCUCACGCUCGUGGUCCACUACGCGUACUACGCGGCGAUGGCGUACUUCCUCCUCGACUCGUGGAAGGAGAUGAUGGUGUUUGUCCUGCUUUCGCAGGCUGUUGCCGGCCUCUGCCUCGGCACCGUCUUUACCAUCAACCAUAACUCGAUGGAGAUGCUCGACUCGGACGCCAUCAACCACACCAACUUUGUGGCCAUGCAGUACCGCACGACCCGCAACAUCUCGCCGUCGUUCAUUGGUGACUGGUUCACCGGCGGUCUUUCGUACCAGAUCGAGCACCACCUGUUCCCGACGCUCCCGCGCCACCGGUUCAAGGCCAUUGCGCCGCGGGUUGAGGCUCUUGCCGCCAAGCACGGCCUCGUCUACCAGCACAUUGGCUUCUUUGCUGGCCUCAUCGACGUCAUCCGCUGCCUGCGCCGCGUGGCGACCAACCACAUGAAGGCCGACUGAGGCAAGGCACGCAGCCACAACAAAUGCACACAUACACACACA